AUGAUCCUCUACCACACGAAUCUCCAUGAGACAUACACGUACGAAGUGGCCACCGACAGCCGCAAGUGGUUCGACUGCGCCGACUGCCACCGAGAGCAGGAGUCGCACGAGCUGCUGCAGACGCUCGAGAUGACCUUCGCGUGCAAGAAGUGCCGCAAGUGCUUCCGCAAGGACGCGCAGGAGUUCGAGGAGGCCGACGAGUACUGCCCCCACUGUGACAACCACUUCGUCCUCGACGCCGUCGUCCCCAAGCCCGCCCUCGCCGUCGAGGGCGACGACGCCCGCGUCGACAGCCGCAUGCUGCGUGACGAACGCGUCAAGAACCCCGAGGCCCGCCGCAUCUUUGACAUCCAACCCGACGCCGACAAGCUCGGCUAG